AUGCAUACUUGUGGUUUCCACUUUAUCAUAUACGAUGAUCAAGCUUUGUGCCAAAGCCAAUGGGUCAUAAGAUCCACAAAAGGGAGGGGGAUCAGCAGGUUCAUCCGACCUAUUCGGAGGAUCUCAGUGCUUCUAAAAGGCUUUGGCUCCUUGGUUGGCAAUGUAUGGACCAAUCUUUACGGCAAGAUUGGCAUCCACUACGCUUGUGAUAAAGGAUUGGGGGAGGGUGGCCACGGAUUUGCUUCAACCACGAAGCGGUAUCAUGUUCCUCCAGUCUGCUACGUUAGGGGACUGACAGACCCUCGAGUCUGUCUCAAACCGCAGGCUGAGCUACUGAGAAAACGUGUAGAGCAUCCGCAAGUAGAGAUCCAGCUUAAAGAGCUGUACACUCUUAUGGAGCAACAGACAAGAGGCCGCGGGCAGCUUUGGUGGAGAUGA